AUGCAGAAGUCACCGGUGGAAGAUGCGAACUUCCUCUCCAAAUUUUUCUUCUGGUGGACAUCACCACUCUUAAGGAAGGGCUUCAGGAAGAAGUUGGAGCUAACAGAUGUAUACAAGGCUCCUUCGUUUGAUCUAGCAGACAACCUCUCUGAGAGACUUGAAAGAGAAUGGGACAGGGAGGUGGCGUCAGCCAAGAACAAGCCCAGGCUGAUGAGAGCACUGGCCCGCUGCUUCUUCUGCCCUUUCGCCUUCUUUGGUGUCCUCCUAUAUCUCGGGGAGGCCUCCAAGACGGUGCAACCUCAGCUUCUGGGUCGCAUCAUUGCUUCCUUUGACCCGUUCCAUGCUCCGGAGCGGAGCCAGGGAUACUUCUUGGCCCUGGGCCUCUGCCUCCUCUUCACCGCCCGCUUCCUCCUGUUGCAGCCUGCUAUCUUUGGCUUGCAUCAUCUGGGUAUGCAGAUCCGCAUCGCCCUUUUCAGUCUUAUAUACAAGAAGACCCUGAAGCUGUCCAGCCGAGUGUUGGAUAAGAUCAGCACAGGUCAGCUGGUUAGUCUGAUGUCUGCCCACCUCAACAAGUUGGAUGAGAGUCUGGGUCUGGCCCACUUUGUAUGGAUCACCCCUCUGCAGUGUAUACUGUGUGUUGGUCUGCUCUGGGAGCUGAUUGAUGUGAAUGGAUUCUGUACCCUGGCAGCUCUGACGCUGCUGGGCAUCAUCCAGGCCUGGCUGUCCCAGAAGAUGGGACCACACAGGGUCAAGCGAGCAGGGAUGAUCAGUCGCCGCCUGGCUCUCACUUCAGAGAUUGUAGAGAACAUUCACUCUGUGAAGGCUUAUGGCUGGGAGGAGGUGAUGGAGACCAUCAUCAAAAACAUCAGGCAGGAUGAGGUGACACUGACGAGGAAGAUCGGCUCUCUGCGGUACUUCUACAGUGCCUCGUACUUCUUCUCUGCCAUCUUGGUCAUUGUGGCAGCUGUCGUGCCUCAUGCUCUCAGUAGAGGCAUCAUCCUGCGUCGAAUUUUCACAACAGCCUCCUACUGCAUGGUGCUACGAAUGACACUCACCCGCCAGCUCCCGGGUUCCAUCCAGAUGUGGUACGACACACUGGCACUCGUCAAGAAGAUUGAGGAAUUCUUAACGAAGGAAGAACACAGAGGGCUGGAGUACAAUCUGACCACCACUGAACUGGAAUUGGUCAAUGUGUCUGCAUCCUGGGAUGAGGGUAUCGGUGAGCUGUUUGAGAAGAUCAAGCAGGAGAACAAAGCAAAUGGACAUCUGAACGGUGAUGCUGGACUCUUCUUCACCAACCUGUAUGUCACACCUGUCCUCAAAAACAUCAGCCUGUACCUAGAGAAAGGCAAGAUGCUGGCAGUGGCUGGAUCCACUGGCUCAGGGAAGAGUUCCCUGCUCAUGAUGAUCUUGGGAGAGUUGGUGCCAUCAGAGGGUAAAAUCAGACACAGCGGUCGCAUUUCCUUCUCACCACAGACUUCUUGGAUCAUGCCGGGGACAAUUCGCGACAACAUCCUGUUUGGCCUGACGUAUGAUGAGUACCGCUACACCUCAAUUAUCAAGGCCUGCCAGCUGGAAGAGGACUUUGCAUUGCUUCCUGAAAAAGACAAGACCCUCCUCAUUGAAGGAGGGGUGACCCUCAGCGGCGGUCAAAGAGCACGCCUCGGCCUAGCCAGGGCUGUGUAUAAAGAUGCUGACCUCUACCUGCUGGAUGCGCCUUUCACCCACCUGGACAUUGUGACAGAGAAAGAGAUCUUUGAGAAAUGUGUCUGUAAACUCAUGGCCUCCAAGACACGUAUUGUGGUCACCAGCAAGUUGGAGCAUCUCAAACGGGCAGACAAAAUCCUUCUGCUGCACAAUGGAGACUGUUACUUCUACGGCACCUUUUCAGAACUGCAGGCCCAACGCCCAGAUUUUAGCUCCCUACUGCUCGGUCUGGAAGCUUACGACAACAUCAACGCUGAGCGGCGCAGCUCCAUUCUCACAGAAACUCUUCGCCGGGUCUCAGUUGAUGAAACUGCUGGUUUCCGAGGCCCAGAGUCAAUUCGCCAGUCGUUCCGCCAGGCACCACCUCCAAUAAUUGGUUCUCAAUCUCAGACCCAUCCUGUGAGUGAUGGCUACCCUGAAAAACGCAAACAGUCACUCAUCCUCAAUCCUCUGGCAGCGGCCCGCAAGUUCUCCUUCAUCGGCAACUCCCAACAGACUGCUAAUACACCUCAGUCCACGACGAUAGAAGAUGGCGUUCGUGAGCUUUCAGAGAGAAAAUUCUCUGUAGUACCCGAGGAUGAUCAAGUAGAGGAAGUGCUCCCCAGGAGUAACCUGUACCAUCAUGGGUUGCAGCAUCUCAAUGGGCAGCGACGCCAGUCUGUUUUGGCGUUCAUCACCAAUGCUCAGGGACAUGAGCGCAGAGAACAGAUGCAGUCGUCCUUCAGGAGAAAGCUAUCUAUCACGCCCCAGUGCGACCUGGCAUCUGAACUGGACAUUUACGCUCGCCGCCUGUCCAAGGACAGUGUUUAUGACAUUAGCGAGGAAGUGGAUGAAGAAGACAUGGAGCAAUGCUUUGCAGAUGAGCGUGAGAACGUCUUUGAAACUACCUCAUGGAGCACUUACCUUCGCUAUGUUACCACCAAUAGGAGCUUAGUCUAUGUCCUUAUUUUCAUCCUCUUUAUCUUCGUUAUUGAGGUUGCUGGUUCAGUCAUUGGCAUCUUCCUCAUUACUGACGAGAUCUGGAGAGACGGCGCCAACCCUUCAUCACCCAACUACAUCGAUGAGCAGCACACCAAUGCCUCAUCACCUCCUGUACACCUGGCAGUUAUUGUCACUCCAACCAGUGCUUAUUACAUCAUCUACAUCUAUGUAGCCACAUCGGAGAGCGUUCUGGCCUUGGGGUUCUUCAGGGGUCUUCCUUUAGUGCACACAUUACUUACUGUGUCCAAAAGACUGCAUGAACAGAUGCUAAGCGCUGUGCUACGAGCCCCCAUGGCUGUGCUCAACACCAUGAAAACAGGUCGGAUCAUGAACAGAUUUACCAAGGACAUGGCCACCAUAGAUGACAUGCUGCCUCUGGUGCUGUUUGACCUCAUACAGCUAACAUUAAUCGUCACGGGUGCCAUCUUCACUGUUUCCAUCAUGCGACCAUACAUUUUCAUCGCUGCCAUCCCAUUAGCAGUGAUCUUUGUUGUACUCAGGAAGUACUUCCUACGAACUGGACAGCAACUCAAACUGCUAGAGGCUGAAGCUCGCAGUCCCAUUUUCUCCCACCUCAUCAUCUCACUGAAGGGUUUAUGGACAAUCCGGGCAUUUGGGCGUCAGACCUACUUUGAGAUGCUCUUCCACAAGGCCCUGAACACUCACACAGCCACCUGGUUUCACUACCUGGCCACACUGCGCUGGUUCCUCUUCCGCUGUGACAUGAUCUUCGUCCUGUUCUUCACUGCAGCUGCCUUCAUAGCUGUGGGAACGAACCAGGACAAACCAGGAGAGAUUGGCAUCAUUGUGGCUCUUGCCAUGCUGAUCCUUGGGACUUUCCAAUGGGCUGUCAUCACCAGCAUCACUGUAGACGGACUGAUGCGUUCAGUCGAUCGAGUGUUUAAAUUCAUCGACCUGCCACCAGAGGAGCCGCUGCCGGGGAAAUCGGGUGGUAAAGGAGGCUCAGACCUUGUCAUCGACAACCCUCAUGCCCAUGACUGCUGGCCCAACCGCGGACAGAUGGAUGUCCAGGGCCUCACCGUCAAAUACACAGAAGCUGGACGUGCCGUCCUCAGCGACAUCUCCUUCUCUGUGGAGGGUGGCCACAGCGUGGGUCUGUUGGGUCGGACAGGUGCAGGAAAGAGCACCUUGCUGUCCGCUCUGCUGCGUCUUGCCUCCACUGAUGGAGAAAUCUCUAUUGAUGGUGUUUCCUGGAGCUCUGUUUCCCUGCACACAUGGAGGAGGGCCUUCGGAGUGGUGCCACAGAGAGUCUUUAUCCUGACUGGAACUUUCCGGAUGAACCUGGACCCACAUGGACGCCACAGUGAUGAGGAGCUGUGGAGGGUAGCCGAGGAGGUGGGUCUGAAGUCAGUGAUCGAGCAGUUUCCAGACAAGUUGGACUUUCAGCUGGAGGACGGAGGCAGUGUGCUGAGCAACGGACACAAGCAGCUGCUGUGUCUGGCCCGCUCCAUCCUCAGCAAGGCUCGCAUCCUGCUGCUGGACGAACCCUCUGCCUACCUCGACCCCAUAACACUGCAGGUUCUGAGGAAGACACUGAAACAGGCGUUUUCUGGCUGCACCGUCAUCCUAUCAGAGCACAGGGUGGAGCCGCUGCUGGAGUGUCAAUCAUUCCUGAUCCACCGGCUGCUCAUCGUGUUCAGGUUCAAAGGACCAAAGUAG